AUGUUUAAUACAUUGUUAUAUUAUCGUUCAACAUCUCGAUUAAUUGCUAUAAAACGUUUUGUUGUUCAUCAAUCUGAUGGUGAUGUCGGUACUAAAAUAAAAUUAUUCAAUGACAAGAAACAGUUUAAAAAAACAUUGGAAUUAUUUGAUAAAUACAAAGAAAAUGAUAUUAAAAAUUUAUCCAGUUUCAUAAUUACUCAAGCUUUAAAAGCAUGUGCACAAGUGCGUGAUCUUCAACGUGGAAUGAUUAUUCAUCGUCUUAUUUCCUCUCGUAUAAAAACUGAUUGUUACAUAUCAACAUCAUUAAUUCAUCUAUACAGAAGAAUACACACUGAUGUUAAUUUCACUAAUAUUUUGCACGAAAAUAGUGAUCAUAAUCAUCCUGCAAAUGCUGCAAAUACUGAAGUUAGAUUAUUUCAAGAUGAAGUGCGUUCUCGUGCUAUGAAUACAAACGAAAGUACUCAAAAUAUUAUCGACAAUUGCUUAAGAAAUGCAUCGGAUCAAAUGAUAGCACGUCUUCCAAAUUUCAAAAACAUUAAAAGAAAUAUUCAACAACAACGACAACAAAAUGAUUUACCUAAACUUCCAUUAGAUAAAAAUUUUAAUAUAAUUCCACCAUCUUUAACAACAACAUUUAAAAAUGAAAAAUUCUUACAAUUUGAUUCUGGACCCGGUAAUAAUCGUUUACUUAUAUUCGCAUCUAUUAAUCAAUUAAGAAUAUUAGAAGGUGCUGAAGAAAUUCUAAUUGAUGGUACAUUUAAAAUAACACCAACUAUUUUCACUCAAUUAUACACCAUACAUGGUGUCUAUCGAAAUAAUAUAUUUCCAUUAGUUUUUGCUGUACUUGCUGAUAAACAACAACAAACGUAUCAACGAUUAAUUAAUGAAUUAAAAAAUUUGUGUCCUUCAUGGAAUCCCAAAUUAAUAAUGGUUGAUUUCGAAAAGGCGGCAAUUAAUGCUUUUCAAUCAUCAUUUGGUACAGCUACAAAUUCAGUUGGAAUGUCAGCUUGCUUUUUUCAUCUUCAAAAAAGUAUAUUGCGCAAAUUACAAGAUCUGGGAUUGAAAAAUAAUUAUGAAAAUGAUUCAGAAUUUGCAUAUAAUGUUCACAAAAUUUCUGCAUUAGCAUUUCUUCAACCAUCUGAUGUUGCACAAGCAUUCGACGAUCUCUAUCUAUCUUUACCUCCAAUCUUAGAGCCUGUAAUGGAUUAUUUUGAAGAUUCGUACAUUGGAAGACGUCGACCAAAUGGACGUGCAACACCGAGAUUUCCGAUUGGCUUAUGGAAUAUGCAUUACAGAACAAUCAAUGAUUUAAUGCGUACUAAUAAUCAAGCAGAAGCUUGGCACAGAAGGCUCAACUUUGUAAUACAAUGUGAGCAUCCAUCUCUAUGGAUUUUUAUUCAAAGUCUUCAGAAAGAAGAAAAUUAUAUUCGUUGUCAAAUUGUUAAAUUGGAUGCUGGAGAUAAAUCAUUUCGAAAUAAAAAAUAUUUAGAUUAUAGUCAACGUUUAAAGAACUUGUUACUAUCUCCACAUCCAACUCUUCUUACACAAUUAGAAGGACUAACAAGAAAUUUGUAA